AUGAGUAACUAUAUCUGGAAUAACACUUAUUCCAUCGAGUUUUUAUCUGAAGAUUUUUACGAUUUAAAUAUAAGCACAAAAGACAAUGUAUAUGAAAUAAUAAGAAAAAAAAAAGAUGGAAAUGAAGUAGCGAGUCUAAGUAUAAAUAUUAGUAACCAUAUAUGCAUGUUUGUUCAGUUGUUAGAUAAUAUAAUAGGAAGAUUAAGUUAUAAUAAUAAUGCAAUAAAUGAUAAGUUAAACUAUAAGAAGUUAUGUAAUGUAUUUAGUUAUAUCAAAACACAGUUAUAUAACUGUGACUAUAGUUUAUUUUUGAGGAUAUAUUCAAUUUAUCAUAAUUAUAAUCAUAGAAAAAAUGGAUACUUAGACGUAAAUAAUUUAUAUUCAUUUAUAUUAGAUAUUAUAAAUAAAAUCGAAAAUCUUAAUGAAAAUAAUUUUUUAAUAUUACCAGGAGGGUUUUAUUUACAAAAAGAAAAAAUGUUAAUAAAAAUUUUAUACAUAAUACACAGAGAAAAUAAUCUUUACAGUUUUUCAGUUUUAAACAAUUCUAUAUAUGGUAUACAAUAUCAUCCAUUUAAAAUUGACGAAGUUGAUAAUUUAGGAAUAUUAUUAAGAGAUGUAGUAGUGUGUAUAAAAAAUAUAAGUAAGAAUUAUUUAACGAAUUCCUUAUUUUGGUUAUGUUUAUAUCGAUUAUAUAUAUUUCCAAAUCCUGACAAUGUUGAUAUAUUAUAUCAAAUAUUAUUACCAUAUUUAAAUAAUUCUUUUUUAAUGAAUAAUUGGAAUAUUUCUAAUAAUAAAACUAUAAAAAUCACCGAUGAAAAAAAUGAUAUGGUUAAAAAAAGUAGUAGUUUAUAUCGUAACGAUAGUAAUAAUUCUUUUUUUAAUAUGUACAAUGACCUUUCUAAUUUGAAUGAUGGAAUUGGAAGUUUUGAGAAAAUAAACACAGAAAGAAAAUUAGCUAGUUCUAAUUAUAACGGAUUUUUUGAAAAUAUAAACUCAUUUGAAAAUACAACAAAUGUGGGUGCCUCUAAAGGCUUUAAUGAUCCUUUUAAUUUGGGUCUAUCUGGAAGUUAUGAUAAUAAUAAUAUAAAUUCAAACAACAACAAUUUGUUUUUUAUGAAUAACAAUAUGAAUGAAAGUAGAGACAAUUUUUGGACGAAUAUCGAAAUGAAUGAUAACAAAUACAUAAAGAAUAAUAUUAAUAAUGACAUUAAAAAUUCGAAUCGAACUGAUAAUGAUAAAUAUGGUGGUAUUUAUGUAAAUAUUCAUAAAAACAAGUUUACCUCGUUUUCAAUGAGUUUAUAUUAUUGCAUAAUAUAUAUGCUUAAAAUACUUAAUAUUCAAAAUGAAGAUAUUGAGAUAUUUAAAAUAUUUAUUUAUUAUAGUAUUGUUCUGAAGUUAUGCGAUGAUUUAUAUAAAUAUGAAAAAAUUGAGAAAAAUAAAGAGGAAAUGCCCAAUUUUAAGGAAGGGAAAAAUGAAGGAAGUUCCAUUUUGAGUGACACCAAUAUAGGUACAAAUAAUAAUGGAUAUAAUUAUGGCUAUGAAAAUAAUAAUUUCGAUAAUAGUAAUUUUGGACAAAAUCAGAAUAUAUUACAGAAUCAAUAUAACACCCGAAAUAGUUAUGAUUAUGAAAUGGGUGAUAACAUGUUUAAUAAAAAAAAUGAAACAAAACAAGAUUCAAAUAGAAUCGAUAAGACAUUUUUUGUUUUCCUAGAUAUGAGUGUAAGAAAAAUGUGUGUAUUAUUACACCUUUAUUUUAGCAAAAUGAGAAUAGGUAUGUAUAAUAUAAAUAAAAUGAUAAAACAAGAUAUAUUAAAUGAAAUGGUGAAAAAAAUAUUAUAUAUAAAAUAUAUGUAUAAUAAAAUGGAAGGAAAAUUUUACUUAGAUUUAACAUUAAAUAUAGAUGUAAUACAAAAAAGAAUUUAUAGAAAUACAAUUAAAUUUCCAAUGUAUAUAAAAUUCGAAGACGAUUUAUAUAAACGUUAUAGAAAACGUGAAAUAAAAAAAGACAUAAAUAUACCUAUAUCCUUUUAUAUAUCUAAGAAGCAUAUAAAUUCCUUUAACGAUUUAUAUGUUAUAUUAUAUCAAACAAAUUUAAUUACAAAUAUAUUAAUAAAUCAAAAAAGUUACAUUAAACAUUGUUAUUUGUUAGCAUUUUCAUUUAUUAGUCACAUAUUAAUAAAUAUUUUGCCCCCUCCAAAACAAUUUAUAUUUUUAUCAAAAUGGGAAAAUUUAAAGAGAUCAUUACAAAUCAGUUUAUUCAAUGAGUUAUAUCAUAUGUAUAAUAAUAUAUAUUUUAUAUCUUGCUCGAUUUAUCAAAAUAAACAAAUAGUUAUGUAUAAAAUAAUAAACUGUUCAAUUCUUUUGUUUCUAUAUGACUUUUUUCUAAGAAUACCAUGUUGUGAUGUGUGCUCGAUAUUCUCUGUUCAUUAUAAUGGAUUUUCUUCUAAAACUGUUACUAAUAAUGAAAUAAAUGACGGAGAGGAGAAAAUAAAAUCAAUAUAUUAUAAUAGUAACAAACUCAAUAGGACAACGAAGAAUAUAUACGAUGAUAUAGAUAGUGAUAAUAGUAAAAAUAGAAAUAAAAACAAAUCAAAAAAUAAUAUUAACAUGGGAGUUAGAUUCCUUGGAUGUGAUGAAGAAGACAGUUACUCAUCCUUAAAUGAAUAUAUGCAUGAAGAUAGGGAUGGGAUAAAAUUAUCAGGUUAUUGUAUUGAUAUAUCAGUUUUAGAAUGCUUUAGUAAUUAUUUUUUAAUUAUAAAUCCCAAAUUGAAUAUUAUGAGGUCCGACAUUAUUGAAUAUUUUUAUAAAAUUAAUGAAAAGAAAAUAAAUAAAAAUAGUCAAUUAUUCUCAUUUGAAAAAAAUGAUGAUAUAAGUACCAGUGAAAUCGAAAUAUUAGAAAAUAUAAGUUUAGAUCUUGGAUUAGAUAGAAAGAAAAAUCAUAUAAUAGAAUAUUAUUGUGGGGAGAAUAAAUUAUUUAAACAAUUAGUACCUGAGUUUUAUCAUUUACGAGACAUGCUAUUUAUAUUCAAAUCAUAUAUGUGUCCAUAUGUUGACAAGCUACCUCCUGUACGAUUAUACAAAUAUGAUGAUAUCAAUUUAAGUUUUUCAUAUAAAAAUAAAUUAAAUGUUACUGUUUUUAAUAAAAAAUGCGAUAUUUGUGGAUACAUGUGCCCUCCUAAAAAUGUGAAAGGAAAUUUUUUUUCCUUUAUAUACCAAUUUAUGCAAUCAAAUGAAGAUAUGAAAAAAAAAAAUACAAUCUUGACUUAUUCCAAUCCGAAUAUAUAUACAAAUACAUAUAUCGAAAAUGAACUAGAUGUAUUAUAUGUUUCAGAGUUACCAUUCUUUCACGAAUCUUUAGAUUUACGAGAUGUAGAAAUAUUACUUCAAUAUUUAACAGUUCCAUAUAUUAGGAUUCCAUUAAUUUUAGAGUUUUUUUGUGAUAAAAAUAGGAUAAAAAGUUUUCAAUCUUUUGAUAUACAACAGUUAUUAUUAUGUAUAUUAUUUGAACCUUACAUUUUUAAAAAUAAAUAUAAAAAUAUAGAAGAAGACAAUUAUAUUCCUUCAAAGGAUAGAAAUAUAUUUGCCACAAAAUAUGGUCUACUUAUUAACGAAUUAAUACUUAGUCCGAAAAAUGUUUUAUGCAGUAUUUAUUCUUAUUUGGAAAUUGUUUUUAGUUUUGACAAUGAAUCGAAUAAUAAUUCAAAGGUUAUUAUGAUAUUUAUCAUAAUCUUAUGUACAUAUAUAAAUUUAUAUUUAAAAACUAUUAUAGAAAUAAAUAAUGAAAUACGGUAUAAUUUGCAAAACAUUAAAAAUAUUCUUGUUAAGGAGGGUUUAUCAUAUCGAGGUGGAAAACGUGAUAAAGGUAAUGGUAAAAUAUUAGAUGAGACUGAAAAAAAUGGAAAUAAAAAUAUAGAUGAAAAUGAUAAAAUUAAGAAAAGAGAAGAAAGAAGAAUGAAGACGAAGAGAAGACGUAGCAAACGACUUGUACAAUUUUUGAAAAAAAUCCGAAAAAAACUAAUAAAGAAUGAAUUAUAUUGUUCAGAUGAAGUUUUGUAUAAUUUGAAUAAAUAUUAUAAAAAUAUAAAGAAUAAGUUAGAAAAUGAUAUAAUAAAAAUUUUAUUAAAAUAUAUUAAAUUGGCAAUCCAAAAAAAUGAUAUAACUACUUCAUGCAUAUACCAUGGUUGUAUAUUACUCAUAUAUAAAGACAUAAAAUAUAGCGAAUUAAAUAAAGAUAUAGUUCAAAAUAUAUUAUCUUCGACCUUUUUUAUAUUAACCUAUUAUAAUUUUAGUGCUGAAACAAAUUAUUCAAAUCUUAAAAAUAUAUAUGGAUUAGGUUCUUUAUUUGUAAAUACUAAUGAUAAUAUGGGUAGCACAAUGGGGAAUGAAAAUAAAUAUGAAACCAUAGGAAAAGAAGUUGGAAAUAAUAUUUGUGAUGAUGAUAAAAGUAAUCCGUUCAGUCUUAUGAUAAAAACAUUUUCUUUAUGUGAAUGUGACAUUUUUAUUUCGGUUCAUAAGCAAAGAAAUAUGCUAUUAAAAUAUCUAGAAAAAAAUGAAAUGGAGAGAAAUAUAAUUUUUGAGCAUACCAUACAUAUUUGUGCAUGUGUGCAUGAAAAUAAUAAAAAUGUGUAUAAUAAUAGAAGUUUAAAUAGAUAUAAUUCAAAUAUAUUUCUUAAUUUUAGUUCUAAUGCUAAUAUUAUAAGGAAAUGGUUGCCUGUUCAUAAAUUUAAGCAUGUAGGAAUUUAUACAAUAGAAAAUGUUGUAAAUGAUAAUAGAAGUAUUGACGAAGACUUUGAUAAUCGUAUAGCAAAAUCUAAAUCGAAAAGAAAUAACAAUGAAAAUUUCAUAACUAAAUCAAACUAUUAUUUUACCUCAUCGACAUCUAAUGCUUCAGAAGCUGAAUUAAGUUCGUCUGAAACAUCAUCAUGCACUUCUGAAGCAUCUGAUUAUUCUUCUUUGUCUAAUUGCCAUAGCUCUUUAUGCAAUAAUGAUGAGGGGAAUAAUGAUAUAAUAAAUACCAAUAAUAAAAAGGAUUUCUCAAUUGAUAGUGAUGCUAAAAAUGGAUUAGGCAAUGAUGAUGUAUCAAACAUAAAUACCCAAACAAACAAACAAGAAGAUUUGAAAAAUAAGGACGCUAUUUCAUCUCAUGACGCGAUGAAAAAUCAAAAGGGUGAUGAAAAAGUUCAUUACAAAAAUGACAUGGUUGUUAAAAUAAAAAGAAAACGAAAAAAACAAAGCGAAAAUAAAAAAAAAAUACAACACACAUUAAAGAAUGGUAGCAGUAAUAAUAACACUAUGAAUGGAAACACAUCUAAUAGAAAAAAUCCGUUGCAUGAUACAGAAUCUAUACCAUCUACUUCUGUUAAUAAUCUAUUAAAUUUCCCAAUAUUUUUUAAAAGCACCACAAAAAGCUAUACCAACAUAGAAAGAAAGAAAAGAGAAAAAGAGAAACUAAAAAAGGAUAGCAUAUUGAGUAAUAAUAAAUAUAUAUCAUAUAUUAAAAAAAUUAUGAAGGAAAAAAACAUAUUAAUAAAUUUGCAAUUAUUCACAUUUUCCUAUAAAGAUAAUAAUAUUAUAACAUUAAAUGAGAAUAUUAAAAAAUUUAAAAGUUAUAGAGAUGUAUUUUUAUAUAAUAAAAAUUAUAUGAAUUCAAAUAAAAGAAAAAAAAUUCAAAAGAUCAAAAAAAAUAUUAAAGUAUUAAUUACCCAGUCCUAUCAAAAUUUUUGUGCCUUUAAUAUCAUUGGAAAAAAACACACCCUCAACAUUUGGAGAAACUCAAGAAAAAUUACCCUAAAGAAUUUAAUGUGUUACAAAUAUGAUAAAUCAAAAGUUUUUUAUAUAAAAAGUAAUAACAUGUUAACAAAUAUGCCGAAUAUGGUAUUAUUUCACAAUUUUCUGAGCAGUGAAGUAAAAUGUGGAACUUUAUAUGAACAGGAAGAUAACGAUAUAUAUAUAAGGUUAAUUUGGGAAUACAACAUUAAAGAUAUGAACAAAUUUAAUAAUAAUGGUGGUAAUAAAAAUGAAGGGGAUGAAAGUAGAGGCAAAGAUGAUAAUAAAGAUGAACAUAAUGGAAUGGGUAAUUAUUAUGAAUUAAAAUCGUUUAAUAUUAAUUAUGAAACUCAAAACAUUGAAGGUCUUUUCAAUUUUAAAUAUGAACAAAAUCAAUAUGAUAGUAGCUUAAUGUGUAUAACAGAUGGAUCGUCAUUUAGUGAAGAUGGUAACAUUGUCAUCAAAAAAAAUGAAGAUCAUUCAGUAAAAAAGGACAAAGAUUCUUUAAAAGAUACAAACAAUACUAGUUCAUCUCCAUCUUAUGAUUCAGUAGUGGAAAAUGAUGACUCUCCCUUUUAUAAUUCGGAAUAUGAACAUAAAGAUAAAAACAGUAAAUAUACUUCUUAUAAUUACAAAGAAAAAACAAGAAAAGGUGACAAAAAUACUAAUAUGGAAGCAUUAAUAAAUAAUGAUGGUUUUGAAAAUAAACAGGCGACAAAUAAUAUAGGAAGCAAAAUGAAUAUUUUGGAUGGAGGUAUUAUAAAAAGUAGCAACAAUACAAAUAAUAAUAAUGUCGAUAGCAGUAAGAUAUUAGAUCCAAAGGUCGAAGGACUCGGACUUAGAGAAAUAUUAUAUCGUAAAGACAUUGAUUGUAUAUUUAUAUAUAACAUCUAUUAUAAUGUUAAUAGAUUUGUUAAAAAAUUAUAUUAUUGUAGUGAUGUAAAAAAAAUAUUUUUUUCCACUGAUAUUAAUAGAUGCAAAAAUUUAUAUUACCAUUUUGAAAAUAAUAAUGUUCGUUUAUGUUAUUAUAAUAAUAAAGGGGUGUAUGAAAAAUAUAAUGUAAGUAUAUCGAGAAAUAUAUAUAAUAAUAUGCAAGUUCAAACAUAUUUAAAUCCUAAUUAUUUGUCUACAUUUAUUCCAAACAUAUUGCUCCAAAAUUAUAGCUUCUGGUAUAACAGUGAUAACAGUUUGAUUGGUGAAGUUAAAAGUAUGAAAAAAAGUAAAAAAAAUAAAAAUAAUAUCAUAUAUAUAAAAUUAUUUAACGAUGAAGAAUAUGGCAAUAAUAAUCUUGUAAAUUCACAAAAACCGAUAAACAAUAAGAUAUUAAUUAAUAAAAAUAAUAAAGGUAUAUGCGAUAAUAUUCCAUAUGGUAUUAUACAAAAAUUGAGAAUAUUUAAUCCUCCAAAUAAUUCUAAAAAAGUCGCUUCUUUAAAAGUAAACAAUGAUUAUAAACCUAUGACUCUUAUAAAUAUUUUAAGCUAUGAAAAUAAUGAUGUGUAUAAAGAUUUUUACAAUAUUUUAAUGAAAUUUGAUCAUAUUACAUACAUACUAAUUUAUACUCUUAAUAUUAAAUCAUUAUUUAAAAAAGGGAAUUGUAUUAAGAAUGAUAAUUAUUAUAUAAAUAAUGAAGAUGAUGAAGAAGAUACUUAUAAAAAUAUAUUAGAUAGUAAUGUAACUGUUGAUGUCGUUGAAAUUCCUCGUUUAAAAUUAACUUUAAGAAGAAAUAAUGUUGAUUUAAAAGUUGCAAAUGAUAAAGAUGUGGGAGCUAAUGUUUCUAGUAGCGGUGCUAACAACACAUCUAGCUAUGCUGAUAAAAGUGGUAAUACAAAAGACGGGUGCAAAUACUAUUUUGAUGAAUUGAAUAUGUUUCUUUAUAAUGGAAGUAUGCAAAAAUAUAGCUUUAUUUAUAAUGUGAUUAAAAAGAUGAAUAAUACAGUUUUAUUGCAAAAUAAUAAAAAUGAUUUUUUUUUCUUAGUAUCUUUACUAAAUAAACCAUUUUUUUUAAACAUUUCUAAUUUAUACAAAGAGUUUAAUAAUAAGAAUAUUCAUUUGUGCACUCUUUUAGAGAAGCAUAUAAAUAUUUUGUUAAAAAAUUAUAUGUAUGUAAGUAUAUACUAUCACAAUUUUAAUAUCAAUACAGACGUUAAUAAAAAUGUGGAUAUAUUUAAUGAAGAACCCGGAAAUGAUUCAUGUUCUAUGCAAUAUAUUGUUUUAUCUAUACACAGUUCAAAAUUAUUUUUAAAUUUCCGUAAUUUAUAUAGCUGCUUUUUUUUCAUUGUAUAUAAAUAUAUGAAUAAAGACCACGAAGAAGUUAUAGAAUAUUGCAACAAUUUAAGUAUAUGUAAAGAAGAUGUUAAAGAAAUAAAAUACUUAUUAAAUAUAUUAAAUUAUUGUGAUCAUAGUAUAUACUCAGAUGUGGAUUCAUGUGCAUGCAGAUUAAAAAUAUUUGUGACAUUGUCUAAACAAAUUAAAAUUAUUAUACAAAAAAAAAAACAUAGAUAUCAAGGAAAAGGGUAUUCAUGGGAAAUGGACGACUAUUAUAAUAUAUUUAAUUAUGUUAAAUCAUUGUGGAAUUUUGAUAAAACUGAUAAAAAUAAUGAUGAAGAUUCAAGUAGAAACGAAUUUAGAAAUAGUGAUUAUGAAAGAAGAGCCCAAAAUAAUAAGAGAGGAAGAAGGAAACACAAAAAUAUGAAUGAUCGAAAUCGAGAUGAAAAUAAUAAUGAUGAUACUAGUAAUAGUAGUGAUAUAGACUCAGAUAUGGGAUAUUCUGCAUCUAAUGCUUCUUCUUAUGAUAGCAAUUAUAUAUCAUCGGAAGCCGAAAAUAAAAAAAAAGAAUUAAAUGCUCAGGAAAAAAUUAACAAUGAUGAUGAUAAUAAUGGAGGGGGAAUAAAAGGUAGCAAAAACGUAUCCGAUAAUAAUGCAAGUGCUGGUAUUAAUAAAAAGGAAAAAACACCAACGAGUAAGAAGAAAGGAAAAGGCACAAAAAGUAGCAAUGUACAUAAAAGUAAAAAAAUAGAAAAUAGCAAAGAUCAAAGAAAUGUUCGUAAAAAAGAAAAUAUGAAUUUAAAUAAUACUUAUCAAGGAGAAGACAAUGAUAUGAAUAUAUGUGUUUAUUGGGAUGUAGUAAAAGAUAUUUUAUUUUAUAUAAAUAACUUAAUUUAUAUUAAAUCCAAAUGCAAACUAACGAUAGAUGAAGAAAUAUUUUUAUAUCAAAAUUGUAAUAUUAAUAUACAUAAGCAUAAAUUAAUUUAUAAUAGAUAUAUAAUAUUAAAUAGUAUUGUAGAGAGUAAAAUGAAAUCAGAUAAGUGUAACCUUCUCUUUUUUUACAAUAUAUUAAAAUCAAAAGAAAUAGAAAAUCAGAAAAAGAUGAAAAACUAUCAAAUACAGUAUGAGAAAAAAAGUAAAAUACCCAAAGCAUAUGUUGCCAAUGAGCUUGAAAAAAAUAAUGAAAGUGAAAGUAGUGAAAGCGAUUAUAAUAAGGUUAAUAAAAAUAAAGGAACUGAAAAUAAAAUUGAGUAUAAUUAUAAUUUUGGACAAAUGAAAGAUAACAUUAUUGGAAAUGUAAAGGAUUGCUGGGAUAGGGUAAACCAAACAGAACGAAGUGGAUAUGAUAAAAAACCUUGUACUCAAUUAGAUGUGCAAAUAAAUAUUCCAAAAAUAGAAACUAUAAAAUAUAUAAAUAAUAUUGAUGAAAAUAUUUUUAUGAAUGUAAAUUUAUAUGACAAUAUUGGUAAUAUAAUAAAUAAUAUAAGUUACAAAAAAAUGGAAGAUAAAAAUAAUAUAGAAGCAUUGUCAUAUUUAAAUACUUUAAUAGAUUCGCUAGGUAUACACAACUUUUUUAUUAUUUAUAAUUUCUUUAUCAAUAAUUUAAAUAUAAAAAUUGUGAAAGGAGAAAAUACUUAUUUAUAUGCUAAUCUUUUGUCUAGAUUUUUAUAUUUUUACAAUUAUAAUAUAAGCCAAUAUAGUAAAAUUAUAUAUAUAUUUAUUUUCAUAAUAAAUCAUGAAGAGAUAAUAAAUUUACUACCAAAGAUUGAUGAUCAAAAAAUGAAGAAAAACUAUUUAAAUUUUUUUAAAGCAAAUGAUUCUAUAUUUAACUUUUUUAAUGAUAUAUUUAAAUUUGUCCAUAAUUUCCAAAAAGAAAAGAAUAAAAAAAUUAAUAAACAUAUUAUCCCUCUUUCUCUAAAUAAUAAUCUCGCCAUUUCUAGUACAGAUAUGAACAUAUACCGUUUGAUAAUAAAUAUUAAUGUAGACGAUUAUUUAUGUGAACGUAGAGCUAUAUACCCAUUUACAAUCAAAAACAACUUAUUAAUAGACCAUAACUUGUUAGAGGAAUUAUGUUUUAGCCCGUUUAAGAAGUUGUAUAAAUAUUUGAGAAAAAUAAGACAUGGCAACACUUUUAAUGCUAAUAAAAAAUAUACAAAUACAGGUGAAGAUGCUAAUAAUUUCGAAAAUUAUAGAAAUAAUCUUGAACCAGAUCAAAGAAACAAUAUUAUUAAUCAAGAAAAUACAAAUUCUUUACAUUUGGGAGAAAAAAUAAUGAAUAAUAAUGUGGGUGUAUCUGGAAAUGUAUCAAGCUUGGAAAAUGAUAUUAACAAAAUAAAUAAGAAAAAUUUUUUAACCUUUGAUUUUGAAGACAAUAAUAUAUUGUGCCAAAAUACGUAUUCUAAAUAUUUUAUAAAAAAUAUGAAAAAAGAUUAUAAAAACUUUUUGGAUUAUGAAAGAAAAAAAAUCGAAUAUGAAUUUACAGGCUUUAGUGCUGAUGAAAUUAAAAUGGCAUUUGGAAAUAUAAAAAAAUUAAAGGAAUAUGUAAAUAUAUUUGUAAGUAUAAAGGAUAUAUUGCUAGAAAUAUUUGUUCAGGAUAAUAAACUUUUAGAUCACAUUAAUGAAUAUAUUGAGGAAAUAGAAACAGGAGGAUUAGGUGAUAGUGAUAAAAUUUCAAAAUCAGAAAAUAAUGAAGAAAAGAAAAUUGAAAACAAAGCCGAUUUAUUUGCAAUGAAUAAUUCUAAUUUAAGGGGGAAUCGAGAUGAUAUAAAUUUGCCACAAAUAAAUGAUCCAUGGAAUUCUGAAAUUGAUUUUUUUAAUCAUGGAGGUGUAGGAAAUAGUGGCGAUGCACAAAACACAUUAGCUUAUGGAGAUAAUGUUAUGAAAGAAAAGGACAAUCAAAAUGAUUUACAAAAAUAUGCAAAUUACUUUUUAUAUAAAUUUGGGGUACUAGGAAAUGCAGAAAAAGAGAUAAGUUUGAAAUUAUUAAUUAGUUGCUUUAUGUCAAAAUAUGCAUAUGAAUAUUUAAGUAUGAUAAAUCCCAAUUUAAAAAAAGAAAAUUCCGAAAAACUUAUUAAUAUAGUUCUUUUGUAUAUGCUUAUUAUGAAUAGGAAAAUGUUUUUACACGAGUGCAUAAGUUGUGUUAUAAAUAUUUUAAACAUAUUUAAAAAGUAUAAUUUAAAAUUAAAAUUAUUAAAACAGAAGGAAAAGGAAAUUAGUAGUAAAACAGAAGAUGGAGAUAAUAAAAAUAUUAUGCUAAAUAAAAUUUUGAAUAAACAACAAAAAAUAAUUAAUGAAGCAAUAAAUUCUAUACAAAUAGGAAUUAAAAAUUUGACACAAUUAACCUUAACAGAAAGACAUUAUUUUACUAUUCGAAAUAAGAAUACUAAGAAAAAGGUUCUAUAUAAAGAUAUGCUAUAUAAUGAAGAUUCAACGGAUGUAAGCUCUUGUUAUUUUUCUAGUGGUGAUGAUGACAUUAGCGGUAUAAAUAAUAAUUCAGAAAUAAAAAAUCAAUUAAAUUUUUUGAGCAACAAUGACAAUAAAAAAAAUGAAGAAAUCGGAAAUAAUUUUAGAAAGGAUGAAAUGCAGCUAAAAGAUUAUUAUUAUUACACAUAUGACCCAAGGCUAUUAGUAUUUGAAUAUACAAAUAAUUUAGUUAUAAGAAAAAAACAAGUAAAAAUGAUAAAAAAAUUAAAACGCGAUUUUUUAAAAAAUAGAAAACAGUUUUGUUAUCAAAUGAUUAUGGGAGGUGGAAAAACAACAGUAUUAUCGCCUUUAUACUUUUUAAUAUUUUCAAAUUAUUUCUUAGUAUUUAAUAUGUGUCCUCAAUCAUUAAUACACUUUACUAUCAGUACCUUUAGAUCGAGAUUUUCUUCAAUUAUAAAAAAAAAUAUUUUUUAUUUUAAUUUUAGUAGAUAUAACAAUAUUACUACAGAUUUAUAUGUAAAUUUAUGCAGUGCAUUAGAAAAUAAAUAUAUUUUAGUAACAACCCCGACAUGUAUAAAAUCAUUAUUUUUAAAGCUUAUUUCAACAAUACAAGAUUUGAAUAAUAUUAAAACAUUUGACAUGAUUAAGCAAAAGGCAAAAGCACACAUUACAGACGUAUUAACCAAAUUUUUAGGUCUUCAAAAUGAAGAAAAUAGUACUAAUGCUGUAUCAAAUAGUAACAGUUACGUUUUAGGCGCAGCUAAUUCUACGAUGGCAAAAAGAGCAAAUACAAUUAAUAAUACUCAAGUGUCGAAAAUUAGUGAAAAUAUUUCAACAGCUGCUGAUUAUAAUAUGUUAAAAAAACAACUUGAUUUAUGCAUAAGAAUUAUAGAUAUAUUAAAUAAAAGUAUUUUAUUAAUUGAUGAAAUAGACAACGUUUUACAUCCAUUAAAAAGUGAAUUACAUUGGCCAUAUGGAGCCAAUAGAGAUAUUGAUUUAGUUAAUGUUGUAAGGAAUUUUACGGAUGUAUUUAUGAAUAACCCUUAUUUAAAAUUUUUAUAUGAUAAAAAAAAUGAUAAUGUUGAUAUUAGAAAUGUAAAAAUAGCUAUUAGUAAUUCAGGAAAGGCAGUCAGCAAUUUAGUUAAUAAUAUUAGACAUUUAAAAAGAGAAGAAGAAAUAAAAGAAAGAGGAUGGGAUAAAAAAAAUGAAAGAGAUUUUCACGGAGGAGCAUCAAAUUCUUUUAACGGAUAUAAAACUAAUUAUGAUGGAGGAAAUAGUUGGAAUAUUGAAAAUCGAAACAAAAAGAUGAUUGAUGGAAAAAUAGAUAGUCACGAUUAUUAUAUUGAUUCUAAUAGCUCUUAUAAUAUUCAUAAGCGUGAUGAUACAAUGAAUUAUAACAGUAUGAGUAAUAUUGAAAAUAUGCAUUCUGGAAAUGCAGUAAAUGCAUUUAGGAUGUUAAAAGGUGGAAAUUCUCAGUAUGAUAGUAAUAAUACAUCUUAUGCACAUAUAGAUUUAAGUUUAUUCAGAUACAAACUAAGUUGGGUAUUAAUUGAUUUCUUCUUUUAUCCAAUAAAUAAAAAAUUAACUAUGCCAAUGAAUGUCCAAUUUAAUACUAAUACAGAUUAUAUUGAUGAAUUACUUAAAAUGUUUAAUAAAGAAAUCGAAAAUGGCAUAAAAUCGCAUGAUAUAUCUAUAAUACCUCAUUUUCAUAUUAUUAACUUUAAAUGGUAUGAUAAUAUUAUCUGGAUAUUAGCUAGAUAUGUAUACUAUUUUUUGUUAUCAUAUAAGAUUACUGGUAUUAGUCAAAAGGAUAUAGAGUCUUAUUUGUGUAUGCCUUUAUGUAUAGGAUAUAAUGAUAUAGGAGAAAAACAACAAGGGAAAGAAACAAAUUUAAGUAAUUCUACUAUAAGAAGAUUAUUAAAUAUUAAAAAAAUAAAUAAUAAAAAUUUUAAUAUAGAUGUUAAUAAUUUACAUGACACAGAUUUGAAUAUAUUAUCAAGUAAUUAUCAUAUUAAAAUUUUUGAUAAAAUAAAUCAAUUAGAAUAUGUUUUUUGUAAAAUGUUAAAUUUAUCGCGUUUAUAUAUUAAUGGUAUUCUUCCUUUUGUUUUCUCAAAAAUAAAUACUGUGCAUUAUGGUAUAUUGUCAGUAGAACAAAUAAAUAAGUGUCAAAUUAUUAUGAGCAAAAGUCGCUACUUUUUAGCUGUACCAUAUAUAGGCAAAGAUACACCAUCACCUAUGUCUGAAUAUACAAACAUUGAUGUAGUUGUUUCCCUCACUAUUUUAUCAUACAGAUAUCAAGGAAUGAGAUAUUUUGAUUUUAUUCUUUCUCUAAAAAAUAUUCUCUAUAAUUAUUCUUUAGAAAAAGAUUAUGACCAUGUUGUAAGCGACUCCGAGGAAGGCUCUUUGUAUUCAGACGUGGGACUUGAAACAGAUAGCAAUGAAGCUAGUACCGUUGAAAGAACUGAUAGUAGUAAAGAAGAUGAUAUUUAUGUUAAUGGAUCUCCGAAAAAAAAGAAAAUAUCUGAAAAGGAUAGAAAAUCAUUUACGAGUAAAAAUAAAAUUGAAAAUAAAAAAAAACAAACAAAACACGGAAAAAAUGAAAUAAAAAAUAUGUAUUAUUUAUACAAAGAAAUAAUAGAAUCAAGUGGAGCUAAAAUUCAAAAAACUAAGAAAGACAUAAAUAAUAGUAGAUUCUUUCUAUAUGAUAAUAAUCUAAAAAGUAAAAAAGAAAACAAAGGAAUCAAUUUAGGAAAUUAUGUUGAUAGCUUAGAUAAGCUUGAUUUAAAUGAUAAAGAAAAUUUAUAUUAUCUGUAUAAUUUAACACGUAAAAAUACACUACUAAUUAGUUACUUCUUACUUGGUAUUAUAUUAGAAAAAUAUAUAAAACAUACUGAAAAACAAUUGUCAUCAAACUCUCAAGAUUUAACAAAUAAUGUUUUAUUUAAAUAUGUAGUAGGAUAUAGUGGAACAAGUAAUGAUAUAUUGCCUGAAGAAAUUCAAAAAUGUAAAUAUGAAAAAAGAACCAUUGGAUCUAUAUUAAAUAUUAUUAAUAAUACAAAUAUUGUUAAUUUCAUUUUUUUACCUUCGAAAUUUACACCGAUAGAUAUUUUAAAAAGUUUAAGAUAUUCAAAAAUAAAAUUUAAUAGUUUAAUCGAUACAGGAUAUUUAAUUAAUAAUAUAUCGGCAAAAAAAGUCGCUUAUUAUAUUUUGCAAUAUGUUGAUUAUAUUGAUUGUUGCGUCUAUAUAGAAAAUGGAAAGCAUAUGUGCAUGUUACCAAUGAAAAAGAGAAAGAGAAGAAAUGGUGACAGGAAAAGGAAAAGAACGAAAAAAGGGGAUCAAAAAAAUGAUAAUGGAAUUAUUUUUGAUGGUCAAAGCAGCUCAUCUUAUGGUCAUGAUAAAGAUAAUAUAAAUGAAGAAGAUGAAAAAAAAAAUAAAAGAAAUAUUUCGAGUAAUACGCAAGGAGAAAUGGGAAAAAAUGGUAAAAAAACUAAUAAAACAAAAAAUAAGACUCGAAGUAAAAAAAAUAAAAAUAUAGCCACAAAUUCUAAAAUAGAUGAAAAGUUUAAUUUUAAUGUUGAAAUAAUUCCUUUACAAGAUUGUUAUGUCCCGAUUAAAAAAAGAUUUAUUUAUUUUGAUCACAUAAACACAUUUGGGCAGGAUAUAAAACAAUAUGUAAAUGCAAAUAGCUUGGUAACAGUAAAUAUAGGAAAUGAUAUUUCAUCUUUUAGUCAGGGUGUUUUUCGUUUAAGAUCGAUAGGAAUGAACCAAAAAAUAUUGUUUAUGAUACCUUUAUGUUUAGUUAAACUUAUGAAUAUAAAUACAAACUUAUUCAAAGAUCAUAUUAUAAAUAAUAGUAAUAAACAAAGUAAAGAUAUGGGUGACUUCAUAUAUGAUUAUGAUGUAUAUGAUAAUGAGCAAAUAUUCGAAAGCUUCAAAAAAAAUAAUAAAAAUAUAAUUGAAAUGUGCAAUAAAAAUUAUAGUGAAGACAGCCAAACCGAAUCUGAACAAAAUUCAGGAAGUGAAGAUAGUAUUAAUGGAAGUAUAGAAGAUGACGGUGAUGAUAAUUAUCAUAGUAAUAAGGGAAAUGACACACAAAAUAGUAAGAGUAAAAAAGAAGAUACCUCGAAUAAUGAAAGAAAAACAAAGGCGAAAGAACAUAUUGAAAAAAAAGAUACAGAAGAUGAAGAAUAUAUGUAUAUGAUUGAUUGCUAUAAUAGUAUAUUUUUAGAUGAAAAUGAAAAAAGAAAUGUUUUAAAAGAAUUAACACAUUAUUUAGUUUUAAACAAUAUUAAUAAUAACAUAAAACAAGGUGAAUUAUUAUGUGUCCACAGUAUUGUUAAUAUAAUAAAAAAGAAAAGUAUAAAAAUUUUAAUUGAUAAUUAUAUAAAUAUAGGGGUAUUAAAUUAUAAAGAAUAUUUAGAUAUAUUUAAUACAAGUAUAGAUUUUGAUAUUCAAAUACAUGUUCCAUCGAAAAGUAGUUCUCUUUUAUGUAUCAUCCAACUUAUUGAAAACUUCAAAAGUAUAUUUACUAAAGAAGAUGAAUUUUAUAUUCAAGACAUAAUAUAUCGAUAUUUUUCUUUGCAUUAUGAUUUUUCUAAUAAAACAAUAUUUAUGUAUUUUGAUGCUUUUUUCCCUCGAGAAAAUUUUAUGAAAGUGAAUUUUGCUCAAAUUAUACUAGAUCUGUUUGAAAAGCUGAAAAAAAUAAAAAAAGAUAACUCAGUAGUGGCUUUUAAAAAAUCGUAUAAAAAUACCAACAACCAGUUAGUGAAUAUUGGGGAUGAUGGCAAUGAUGAUUCUAUGGAUAACAAUUUAUUCAGUAUGGAAAAUGAGCAAGAAAAGGAAAAAGAAAAAGAGAAAGAAAAGGAAAAAGAAAAGGAAAAGGAGAAAGAAAAAGAAAAGGAAAAAGAGGAAGAAAAAAUUGCAGGAGAUCAGAAAAAAAAAAUUGUAAAAUAUAAAAAAGAUGAAUAUAAAUUAUAUAGAUGGACAAUGGAUGAUGUAAAUGCAGAUUUAUUCGGUGCAAGUCCUAAAUCUAUGAAAACGGAUGGAAAUAAUUUAGACCAAAAUAAUAAAGGUGGACUUUCUUCUUUGGUAAAUCCUAAAAUUGCAGAAGCAUUCAAAAAAAUGAGUGAUAAUAGUAGCCCAUUAUUUGUGCCUUUAAAUAAAAUAUGUGUCAAUGAUAUGUAUCUUAACUUUCCGUCUUAUGUUUAUGUAUCCAAAAAUUUUAUAAAUUCUGAUUCUAUUGAUACAAAAAAAAUUAAAAAAUUAAAAAAUGUGUUGGUAGUAAUAGAAUGUGUUAAUAAUAAUAAUGAAAACGAAAAGAAUGCAAAUAUAAAUACGAGCAAUAAUUAUGACAUAUAUGCAGAAAAGGAUAUAUUAAAAAAUGUCUGGAAUAUAUUACAAGAAGAUAAUAUGGAUGAAAUAAUAAAUAUUUUAGAUAUAAAUCCAUUUAGAUAUUCUUAUGAUUUAUCAAAACUUUUAUCUUAUUAUAUAGAGAAUAAUAAAAACAAUAAUACUAAGUUCAACAUUUUCUCAACUGUUUUAGAAAAAUUAGAAUUAUAUUUUAGUAACACAAAUAAAAAGUACAUUAUUAUCAGCUUGCAAGAAGCAGAAACAUUGAGAUAUUAUAUUCACAAAAGAAUGAAUUAUGAAAAAGUUCGAAACGGAUUAAUAGGUAUAUCUGGAGCAAACUACCGUCGAAUGAAUAAAAAAAUAGAGAUAAAUUUUGACAAUAAUUUUAUGGGUAUGAAUAAUCAAUUAAAACAAGGAUCAUAUAAUAAUGCUCAAACUUUAAAAAACGAAAACAUUGAUCAUAUAAACAAAUCAAAUAUGAAAAAUCAUGAAAACGAUCCUUUAUUUGAUAUAUUUAAGGGUACAAGUAAAAUUGAAAUGAAUAAUAGUAUGGAUACAAAUAAAUUAACUGUUGAACUUGAGGGAUGCAUAAAGGAUGAAAUUGCACAGGAAAAUAGUAUUUUAAGUCAAGGUUGGGGAAUAGACAAUAAUUUUGGAAGUAUAAAUUUAAAUGAUGAUAUUGAAAUGAUAGAUUUAGGAAAAGAAUCCAUCCAGCCCAAUUUAGGGGGUGAAGGGUCCACUGGAUUUAUGGAUGAUUUCUUUUUAGAUGAUAACAAAGUUGAAAAUAGUAAAAAAACGAAUGCAUCAAUUGAUAUAAAAAAAGAAGAAAUAAAUAAUACAAAAAAGAAUGAUAAUAAUAGAUACGAAGAAAGUAUGUCAAACUUAGAAUUACUAGUAGAUACAUAUGAAAAAGAAAAGGCUUGUGCUAUAUUUGAGGAAAUGAACCCAUUUAAAGAUGUUAGUAUAAAUUUGUAUAACUACCAUUUCUGGUUUACUCCUAUUGAAAUAACUGAUGAAAAUAAUUUGAGAAAAUAUUUGUCAAGACAAAUACAAAUAGUAUACAGUGUAUGUAAAUUUUUUAACUCUGAUAGAAAAUUUAUUGAUGCACAUGUUAAUUUAUUAUUACAAUAUUUAAAUUUUAACUCACCAAAACAUCGAAUUAAUUAUUUCAAUGAAUUAUAUUUAUUAAGAAGAAUUAUGAAAGAUAAUUUAAAUAAGAGCUAUAAAAAUUUAGGAAAAAACAUUAUUAUUCCAAAACAAAUUGAAUUAGAAAUUGUUGAAAAGAAAUUGUUUGAAAGUAAUGGUGAUAUAUAUAUGUUUAAAAUAAUGCAACAGACAGUUAGACAAAUUUUAAAAAAAAAACAAUUAACAUUGCAAGAAAUUUUUGAUAAAGACUUAGAUUAUAUAUGUAAUGUACAAGACAUAAAAAUUUUAUUUGACUUUUUAAAUAUUCAUGAUAAAAAACUAGUCAAUGUAUUAUUUGAUAUUUUAGGAACAAAUAUUUCUUUGCAAGAAUUAUGUUAUUCUCUUAAUCCAAUUGAGCAAAUAAAAAAAUCAGAUUGCCAUAAAGAUAUACCUAAUGAUGAUACAAAAAUUUAUACUAAUAAUAAUUUUAUGAAAGAAAUUGAUAAAUAUUUGAAGAAUUUAAGAUUCUCUUUAACUGAACAUACAUAUUUUAAGGUAAUAUGGUCAGGAAAUAUUUCAAACCAAAGAAUUGUUCAAAAUAGCAGUAGUAAAGUAGCAAAACCAAUGAGUAACGAAACUGAUUCUUUUAAAUAUUCGCAUAAUGAAUCACCAAAUAAUUUAUAUGCAAUGAAUACAAUUUCUAACAAAAAUAAUUUACAAACUGUUAGCAUUAAAGAGGAUAUAAUAAAGAGAUAUGAUGAAUUUUACAUAUACGAAGCUGAAAAUACAGACCCAAAAGAUAGAGGAAUGAUGAGCAAAAACAAACAAAAAAUAAUUCUAGGACAUUAUGCAUCAAAUAAACCUACAGAUAAUACCUUUGCAAUACUUGAAGUCACAGAUAUAUCUAUAAAUAGUAUGUACACAAGUGCCUAUGCUCAAGAUAUUUUAAAUUUAUUAUUCCCAUUCCCCAAAAAAUAUAUAUUAUUAUGGCACGAAGAUUAUUCUUUAAAAAAUGUAGACGAAUGUUUGCAUAUAUGGAAGCCCAUUUUAUCAUCGUCUCAUUUUUCAAAUACAACAUUUUUAGGAUUUAUAGCAACUACAGGUCCUGAGCAACCUGCCCUAAAUAAAAUUAGAGCAAUACCUAAAUCUUUGGUUAAAACUAUAAAAAAACAAAUGUAUACAACAUUUUACGAAGAUAACAACAUUGUUAUUAAUAAUUCUGGCUUUCUGAAUUCCUUGAACUUUCAAUUUUCUACUGGAUUUGAUCUCCAAAAAUACGAAGAACUUGUGUUCCCAAACUUCUCUUUAAAUAUCGUCGAAAAAGUCAAAAAAAUAAAAUACGCAAAUGACGACAUUUUCAAUUUAUGGGAAAAUGAUAAUCAAGUUCAGGAUGACGAUGAUGAUGAAUCCAAUGAAUGGGAAGUAAUACCUCAAUGUUUUUAA